CAGGUCAGCCAACUAUUCACACCAGAAGAAGAAGAAGGACAAGGAUGAUGGCUCCUGAUAACAGUGACGGUGUCGCCUCAUGUGCUUGUAAAGGCAUUCGGCGGUGUCUCAUAUGUGAACAGUUUAAAGGAAAAGGACAUUCUGAGGAGAGCGGACCUAAGGUUGUGCAUCAUUUCCUCUACAAUCCUGAAACAAGGGUUGCCAUUUGCAAAGAUGCCAAGGCUGCAUCCUUCCCCUUUCCUGGUGUCUUCCUGUGGGAGAACUUUAUAUCAGAAGAGGAGGAGAAGGCGCUGAUAAGCACUAUGGACCAGGAUGUGUGGAAUCAGUCCCAGUCUGGUCGAAGGAAACAGGAUUUUGGUCCAAAAGUGAACUUCAAGAAAAGGAAGGUGCGUGUGGGCGGCUUCAGUGGACUCCCUGCUUUAAGCCAAAAACUAGUGCUCAGGAUGCUGCAAGAGCCAAGUCUAGCAGGCUUCCAACCAGUGGAGCAGUGCAAUCUGGAUUACCAUCCUCAGCGAGGCUCUGCCAUCGAUCCACACCUGGAUGACUCCUGGCUGUGGGGGGAGCGCCUGGUCACCAUCAACAUGUUAUCAGACACUACACUCACCAUGUCGCUCGAACAGGGUGCGCCUGAGUUGGGACUAGCAGAGGAAGUCCGCGUAGCUGUGCGUCUUCCUCGCAGAUCUUUAAUUGUGUUAUAUGGCGAGGCGAGGCAUAGAUGGAAACAUGCCAUUCACAGGGAGGAUGUUCACGAGCGCAGAGUUUGCAGCACGUACAGAGAGCUGUCUGCAGAGUUCUUACCUGGAGGGCAGCAGGCAGAGCUGGGAGCUCAGCUGUUGAACAUUGCUUUGAGCUUUCAAGGAACUCCAAUAUAAACUAAUCUAGAGUUUGGAGUCUAAAGAGCUCAACCAUGUCUUGAACUGUUUCUUGUUUUAGGAGUGCCACCUUAAACAGAAUGAAGAUGUGUCCUCCAGAGAUCUGAAGGCUUGUAGCUUAAUCUCUGCCUCCUCUACAAAUCAGAUGUUCUUCAGAGGAUACACAGUCACUGCUCCAAAAUUGUCCAGUUGACAGUGCACAGUGGGUUUUGGAAUAUGCAAGACUGCAGAGGAUACAGUGGCUCUGUCCUCAAAAUGAGGGCAUAAGGAGAAAGCACAUCUUUACAGCAGAGUGUAGCCAUUGUCUUGAAUCUUGGACUAAGAGGUGGACAGUGAUAUGGGUCCCACUUUGGUCAAACCACAGUGAGCCCCAUUUACAUUGCUGACUCCUGUAGUGUCGAUUCUCAUGCCACCACUAGAUGGUAUCAGAGUAACAGAUUUUCAAAUCCCUAAAUACAGGAACUUUGAAUUGUUUUAUCAGGUUGCGAAAGACUCUACAUCCUCUGUAAACAGCAGGAUGACAAAAAAAUUAAAAAUGCUGCCAGAUUUUACUAGCUAUCAGUCUUUUAUACAAAUCUGUAAUGCAUUGAAAUGGAAUUAAAAUGAAAACUUUCAAAGCCACAAAAGUGAAUCAAAACAAGUUGUGCCACCUGAAACUACUACUAUUUAAUUAUUACCGUUUGCAAGUCAUAGAUCUGAAGGCCUGUUUGUCUUUUUUGUUGCAACACUCAAUCUUUGUUUUCUUUAAUAAAAAUAAAAAUAUUUUCAGCUGUC